CUGCAAAUCAACAUAAUCAAACUGCUUGACGUACUAUGGCAAUUGAUUUCUUCGACGCUAUGGUAUAGCUAAGGCACUUCACACACGUACUGGACGACAGCGUUUUCUUUACCUAAAAACUUACACCUGCUCCUUUUGCGAAACUUUCCUUCCACAUUCCCCCUUCCCACAUGUACCUGUUUUUAAGAUGCCACCUUCGAAGAAGCAAAACGUGAAUUCUGGCGAGGCCAAGAAGCCCAACGCCAAGGCCAAACCGAAGGCAAAACCGAAGGCGAAGCCCAAAGCAAAACCGAAAGCAAAACCCAAGGCAAAGCCCAAAGCGGAACCAAAGGCGAAGCCGCAAGUGGAGUUGGGAGCCAAACCCGAGGCAAAACCGAAAGCAGAGCCGAAGGCAAGAGGGCGGCCGAAAGGCAAGGGCGCUGCGAAGCCGAAGGUAGCACCGGUGAAGAAGCAGGAGGGGGCAAAGAAACACCAGCAGGAAACGACUUCUCCUAAAAUCGGUAAGGAAGUAGUUGUAGAGCAGGCGGCGGGAGGGCCAGCGGCUUCCUCUUCUUCUUCUUGUUCUGCUUCUGCGGCCGCAUCCGCAUCGGCAAAACCCGCGAAGGAAGAGAAAUUUGUGCAAGGAACUAGCACGACUCUCAGCACGACCAGCCCAAUCGUUAACCUUGCUCCGGGGGCGAAACUAGCGGAGAAAAAUAAAGUUCAUUUCAAUACAACCAGCUCCAGCUCCAGUCCGCCUGCUCACGUAGUUGUACCUCCUGUAGCAGGGAACAACAAAGAAGCUGAGGGCAGCACCAGUACGAAAGUUAUUUCUAGCACUAUAAUUACUGACGCGCAGGGCAGACUGAAGAGACUUGAGAUUUUUUUUGAUCCAGUGGCAAAGAAGCAGAGGGUUGUGCAGCACUUUAUU